UCUUAAGCCAACUCCGUCCAUCGUAUACAAAGAAAGAAACCAGAACACGGUGUAUUCUUAGAUCUGUUUGACUGCUCUCCUCCUAAUUUGGGUUUCAUCUGGGCUCGAAUAAUCGGCUGUUUGGUGAAUGACUGAGUUCGACAUCUUCACUUGAGGUGUCUGUCCAUGUCGAUCUGUAGUUACAUUGGUCCAUUACCGGUUCAUUUCAUGCUACUGUCCAAACUCUGGACAGUAGUCGAUCUCUUUUUCUCCCAUUGAGGUGGAAAGCAGAACUUUCCUGCUUCUUUCGAGUUUCGGCUUGUUGUUUUAUGCCUGAUACGUGGAUGAGAAGCUGGACAAAAUCAAUUUCGGUUUUAAGAAAAGAAUGGUGAUUUUCCGGUUAUGGUAUUUGUUGGGGACAAUAGUAUGGUGAGACCUGAACUGAGACUUUCUGGUUGAGAUACCAGGGGUUCUCCUAUUUGAUAGGGAAAUCAGAAAUGGCUAACUGAGAACUGAGCGAAGAUGUUCAAGUCGGCGAGAUGGCGGAGCGACAAGAAUAAGAUCAAAGCUGUAUUCAAAUUGCAGUUUCAGGCGACCCAGGUUCCUCUGGUAGGAUGGGAGACUCUGAUCGUCUCCCUGGUUCCAGUUGAUGUCGGAAAACCGACUGUGAAAUUGGAGAAGACUGCAGUUCGGGAUGGAACCUGUCGCUGGGAAAAUCCAAUUUAUGAAACAAUAAAAUUCGUGCGGGAGACGAAAACAGGGAAAAUUAAUGAGAAAGUUUACCAUUGCCUCGUUUCCACUGGAUCAUCGAAAGCUGGUCUUCUGGGAGAAGUCUCUAUCGAUUUUGCAAAUUAUGCAGAGGCAAUUAAACCUUUCUCUAUCUCUCUACCCCUUAAAAGUUCGAACUCUGGAGCAGUUCUACAUGUCACAAUUCAGAGAAUUCAAGGGAAUGUCGAUCGAAGAGAGGUUGGAGAAAAUGGAGAUGUGACAGUUAAAUUCCAAGAUAGGAGCUUGAGAAGCCAGAUGAGCAAUUCAGAUAUAGACGAAAGUGACAGCAAUGAUGCUACUGAAAAUGGGCCAUUGAAUAAAAUCGCAUCUCAGAAUGCUCAAGCCAAGAGAAAUCCCAGAUCAUCUAUUGGCUUUGAUGUUAUGACAGGGCCAGGUUCAGAUAGCAGCUCAGGACGAAACACCCCAAGAGAACUUGGAUUGAAAAACAAUAAUGCCCAUCAGAACCCUAGAAGCUACCUAUCAUCUCUUAGCCACAGUACCAUGCCUCAGAAGCCAAUGGUUAAUGCCACUACAACCAACUACAAUGUUCAUCAGAGAUCAAACACAGAGUGGUCAAUGAGUUCAGCUCCAGAUGGAAGUUUAGAUGGCUCAACAAGCAGUUCUGAGGACACUCUUCUGAAAGAAAGCUUGUCACAGGCAUCAGAUGUUUCCAUUGAAAAGCUCAAAAGCGACCUUUUUGUUUUGACCAGGCAGGCGGAAGUAUCAGAGUUGGAACUACAGACUCUCAGAAAGCAGAUUGUGAAGGAGAGCAAAAGGGGACAGGAACUCUCGAGAGAAGUUAUUGGCCUGAAGGAGGAGAGAGAUGCACUUAAAAAAGAAUGUGAACAAUUAAAGGCAUCACAACAUAUUGAAGAUACCAAAACUUCGAAUAAGCUGCAGUUUGAGAGCAAGGAUCCAUGGGCUCUUCUAGAAGAAAUCAGACAAGAGCUGAAUUAUGAAAAAGAUAUCAAUGCUAAUCUUCGCUUACAACUACAGAAGACACAAGAAUCCAAUUCGGAGUUGAUUCUUGCUGUGCAGGACCUGGAUGAAAUGUUGGAGCAGAAAAACAAAGAAAUAUCCCAUCUUUCCUACGAGAAUGCUGACAAGGUGCAGGAAGCAUUCCCCAAGCAUCAAAUUGAUGAGGAGAAAGAAGAAGAAGCAUUGGAACUAAUAGCUAACGGACAUGAUGAUGCCAAGGAAACUCACUUGCUUGAGCAAAAGAUCAUUGACCUGUACAGUGAAAUAGAGAUGUACAGGAAAGAAAGAGAGGAGCUAGAGAUGCAAACGGAACAGCUUGCUUUGGACUAUGAGAUUUUGAAACAAGAGAACCAUGAUAUGUCUGCAAAACUAGAGCAAAACCAACUGCAAGAACAACUGAAAACACAAUAUGAGAUCUCUGUGUCUCUGGCUUCUAUUACUGAACUAGAAAGUCAGGUUGAGAGUUUGGAGAAACAACUCAAGGAGCAGGCACAAGAGUUUUCAACAUCACUGACCACAAUAAAUGAACUUAAAACCCAGGUCAAGCACUUGGAGAAGGAAAUUGAGAAGCAGGCGCAAGGAUUUGAAGCUGAUCUGGAAGUUGUGACACGUGCAAAAGUUGAGCAGGAGCAGAGGGCCAUCCGAGCAGAGGAGGCCUUGAGGCAGACAAGAUGGAAAAAUGCUAACACAGCGGAGCGGCUUCAGGAGGAAUUUAAAAAGCUCUCCACACAAAUGAUGUCAACAUUUGACGCAAACGAGAAGCUAGCAAUGAAAGCACUGACAGAAGCUAGUGAACUGCGUCUGCAGAAAAGCCAUUUGGAGGAAAUGCUUGAGAAAGCCAAUGAAGAGCUGGUAUUGGUUAAAGAUCAAUAUGAAGCAAAACUCUUGAAUCUUUCAAACCAGAUUGAUUCAAAGAUAAUGGAAGCAAAGAAUUUGUUCUCAGAACUUGAAGACAAAUCUAUGAAACUUGAACAUCAAAAGAAUUCCGAGGAAGAAAAGGUCGAAGCUUUGAAAAAGGAGAUACUAAUGCUCAAAGUCCAGGUAGAAGAGCUUACACAAGAGAAAAAUAACCUCUCCAAACAGGCAGAACAGAAAGAACAAUUGAUAGCUGAGAUUGAAGAACUGAAGACGUCAGUCAGCAAAAUGGAGAAAUUGGUAGAAAAGGGAAAUAUGGAACGAGAUGAACUAAAGAGAAGAGUUGCUUCAUUGAUGGAGGAAGCAGAUAAUUCGCUGGAGGAAUUAAAUAGUUUGAGGCAUCUGAAGGAUGAGAAGGACACAUUGAUUGGAAUUCUGCAAUCAGAGGUGGAAACCUCCCAAGCUCAAUAUAAUGACUUGAAGCAAUCAUUGUUUGAAGAUGAGUUGGAGAAGGAGAACCUGAGGAAACAGGUAUUUCAUCUAAAGGGUGACCUAAAGAAGAAGGAAGACAGCAUUACAGUAAUGGAGAAAAAACUCAAAGAUGGCACUGUACAGGUUACAGGUUUAGAGGGGACAAAACAAACUUUAAGAAAUAACAAGUCUGGCCCAGUUUCUCGUGGUUCCAAGGAGGUUGCUAGUUUGCGUGAGAAAAUAAAAUUGCUCGAGGGUCAAAUAAAGCUAAAAGAAGCUGCACUAGAAAGCUCAGCCAAUUCAUUCUUGCAGAAGGAAAAGGAUCUGUGUACCAGGAUCGAUGAACUAGAAAACCGGGUGGAGGAACUCAAUCAGAACAGUACCAGGAUUUUUGAAGAUCAAUUCCAAAAGGAAGCCAAAGGUACUGAGAAAAUUAAUGGGGAUGCUACCAAUUUUGAAGAACUAAGAAAUGAAGAAAAUUUGUUGGAUUCUGAGAAGUGCAGUAAAGCAUAUAUAUCUGUUCAAUGUGACAAUGAGAGAGAGCAUAUCAGAAGUAGCAGUGGAACUUUCCUGGAGAAAGAAUUGAAAGUCUCUACCUCCCAUACCAAUGACCAAGAAAACCUUGUAGAACUGUUAAGUGAAAUGGCAUCACUGAAAGAGAAGAACAAAUUUAUGGAAGAUGAACUUAAAGAAAUGCAAGAAAGAUACUCGGCCAUAAGUCUCAAAUUCGCGGAGGUUGAAGGUGAAAGGCAACAGCUUGUAAUGACUGUACGCAAUCUUAAGAAUGCCAGAAAAAAUUAAUUACCCUUCAAUGAGAUUCUACAAACUGGAUACCAUGUAUAGGUGAACACCUGGAUUUUCCAAGUGGAGAUCCAUGUUUGAUAGUGCCAGUAGAGCAUUGUCAAGAUACAAAACAUGUAAAGCAAUAAUACAUUCUUUAUUUUUGUGAACAUUGUUCAUCUCCCCCUUUUCAAGUAGUCCAUAACUAUCAACUAGGUCCCAGGAUCACUAUAUGUAUUCAAGUGGCAGAUCGAGGUUGUGCAAUGCUGGUAGAGUUUUUCAUGAAAAAUGUAAAAUGUAUUUCAUUAAUAUAUUAUUCUUUUGUCAGUUGAA